GGUUCUCUACUUGCAGCUAGAACAACAGCCUCACCAUGUGUGGUAUCUGGGCCCUGUUUGGGAGCGAUGAAUGCCUUUCUGUCCAGUGUCUGAGUGCCAUGAAGAUAGCACACAGAGGCCCUGAUGCAUUUCGUUUUGAGAACGUCAAUGGGUUCACCAACUGUUGCUUUGGUUUCCACCGCCUGGCAGUUGUUGAUCAGCUGUAUGGUAUGCAGCCUAUCCGGGUGAAGAAAUUCCCCUAUCUGUGGCUGUGUUACAAUGGAGAAAUCUACAAUUUCAAGCAGCUGCAGAAACAAUUUGGAUUCGAAUAUCAGACGUUAGUGGAUGGUGAGGUUAUCCUUCACCUUUACAACAGAGGAGGAAUAGAACAGACAGCAUCCAUGCUAGAUGGUGUAUUUGCUUUCAUCCUUCUGGACACUGCAAACAGAAAAGUGUUUCUGGCAAGAGAUACCUAUGGAGUCAGACCACUGUUUAAGGUGCUGACUGAUGAUGGAUUUUUGGGUGUCUGUUCUGAGGCAAAAGGACUUAUCAACUUAAAGCAUUCAACAUCCUUAUGUUCAAAAGUGGAACCAUUUCUCCCGGGUCAUUAUGAAGUGUUGGAUCUAAAGCCCUCUGGCAAGGUUGCAUCAGUGGAAUUAGUAAAAUUUCAUAGCUGUAAAGAUGAACCACUCCAUUCUGCAUGUGAUACAGUGGAAGCUCUGCCUUCAGGCUUUGACCUUGAAACAGUGAAAAGCAACAUCCGUAUUCUGUUUGAAAAUGCUGUUAGAAAGCGUUUGAUGGCUCACAGAAGGAUUGGUUGUCUUCUCUCAGGGGGCUUAGAUUCCAGCUUGGUUGCAGCUGUUCUUCUGAAACUGAUGAAAGAAAUCAACAUCAAUUAUCCAUUACAAACCUUUGCAAUUGGGAUGGAAAACAGUCCUGACUUACUGGCUGCCAGAAAGGUGGCAGCACAUAUUGGCAGUGAACAUCAUGAAGUAAUACUUAAUACUGAAGAGGGAAUUCAGGCAAUAGAGGAAGUUAUCUUCUCACUGGAAACCUAUGAUAUAACAACAAUAAGAGCUUCGAUUGGCAUGUAUCUUGUCUCCAAAUAUAUACGGAAGAAAACAGACAGCGUGGUCAUUUUUUCAGGAGAGGGAUCGGAUGAGCUGACACAAGGAUAUAUAUAUUUUCACAAGGCGCCGUCUCCUGAGGAAGCUGCAGAGGAGAGCGAGAGGCUUCUGAAGGAGCUCUACCUGUUUGAUGUACUUCGUGCAGACAGAACUACUGCAGCACAUGGCCUUGAACUGAGAGUCCCAUUUUUGGAUCAUCGGUUUACUUCUUAUUAUUUAUCUCUGCCAGCAGAACUACGAAUCCCAAAGAAUGGAAUUGAAAAAUACCUUUUAAGGCUGUCCUUUGAAGAUUCCAAUUUACUUCCCAAAGAAAUACUCUGGAGACCCAAAGAAGCUUUCAGUGAUGGUAUAGCAUCAGUAAAGAAAUCCUGGUUUUCUAUUCUUCAGGACUAUAUUGAUCAACAGGUGGAUGACCUUUUGCUGGAAAAGGCAGCGGAGAAAUAUCCUUUCAAUCCUCCUAAAACAAAAGAAAGUUAUUACUACCGCCAGAUCUUUGAAAAACACUUCUCAGGGCGAAGCAGCUGGCUGCCCCACUACUGGAUGCCAAGAUGGGUUAAAGCUACUGAUCCUUCUGCACGCACAUUGAAACAUUACAAGUCGGCUACCCAAGAGUAGGCUGUUGAAAUAACCCCCCGAAUAAAAUGCUGCAAGCGGUUUUGUGUGCACUCUGUUUUAAAAAACCCAAACCAAUUAUGAAAACCUAAAGCUUAAAUCGUCUUUAAGCUAUAUUUUGACAAUGUUGUUGGAAGUGAGAGCUUUCUGUGAUUAGUGUACUAUUAAAAAUCUACUCUGCUGUAUCAAAACUUUGUAAUUCAAAGGAAAAUA